AUGAGCUCUUUUGAAGAAGCUGAAACUGAAGAAACAGUAACAUGUCUCCACAUGACCUUUUACCAUCCUUGCCAAGAAGACAAGAUGAUGUUUCGUUGCUUGAAUUUCUGUAAGCGAGAACAGGUCAGGGCAGACGAAAUGGCCAAGUUUGGCCGCGAUUCUAGUGUCUGCCGUUAUAACUUAAUGGAUACUCGUGUUUCUCGGAUUCAGUUUUCAUUGCAGUUUUACAGAAAACUGAACAGCUCAGAAUUUUGUUUUGAGAUAAAGAACAUGAGCAAGAAAACAAAACUGACUGUGGACCAAACAGAACUGGGUUACUUAAACAAAAUUGACCUGCCAUGGAAGUGCAUCAUUUGCUUUGGGGACUACCAGAUUUUAGCAGAGAUUCAAGAAGGGGAGUCCAUGGAUUAUUUUGAGACUUACUUACACUUGGCUGAAGUGCCAAUCUUACAAGAAAGAUGCCUGCCAUCACUGCAGCCUAUACCAGAGAAGGCCAUUUCUUCUUCCUUGUUUCCUUCCCAAGGCAAAAGCCCCAUAGAGAUUGACGAAAAUGAGUCGUGCUAG